AUGGAGGUAGACGAGGAGGUUGGGCUCAAGGGGGCGACCAAUGCUCAGCCACCAAAUAACGGGAAAUGGUGGCACUUGGUUUUUCACAAUGUCGCUGCCGUGGGUGGCGUUGCCGUGUUAGAUCUCCCGCAUGCGAUGGCCGGGCUUGGAUGGGGUCCCGGUGUCACAGUGCUGGUCUUGUCCUGGAUCAUCAGCCUCUACACGUUGGGGCUAAUUGUCGAGAUGAACGAUACGGUCUCUAGACAGUGGUUUGAGAGGUACCAACGGGAGUUCGGCAACACACUCCCCCUCUACAUUGUGGUUUCUCUGCUGCUCAUUGCCAAAAUCGGAGUGGACAUCAGCUGCAUGGUGACCGUAGGCAAAUCCCUGCGAAUGUUCCACGAUACGGUUUGCUCGAGCUGUGGAGAGACCAAGACAACUUACUUCAUCAUCAUAUUUGCUUGUGCUUCCCUUGUUCUCUCUCACCUUCGCAACUUCAAAUCCACCGCCGGCGUCUCCUUGGCUGCUGCCCUGAUGUUUUUCGGCUACUGCACUAUUGUUUGUAUAGCUUUGCUCCACGAGGGAGGGUGUUCAGACCAACGUACAAUACGGGUACAAAGCGACCUCGACAGCGAAACAGCAUUGAACGUCUUCAGUGCGUUAGGCAUAGCUGCUUAUCCCUAUGGUGAGCACCAUGUUGCGAUGGCGAUCAUGGCGAUCCAAGAGAUGAUCCCGUCCACGCAGAGGUCAUCCUCUAUGAGCCCGUCCACGCAGAGGCCAUUGUCGGGCUUGAUGUGGAGAGAUGUCGUCGUUGCGUACAUUAUUGUGGCUCUGUGCUACUUCCCGGUCGCCUUAAUUGGGUACCUGAUUUUUGGGAACUCGGUUGAGGACAACAUCCUCGUCUCAUUGGAAAAACCCGCUUGGCUCGUGGCUCUGGCCUAUAUGCUCGUGGUUGGCCAUGCGAUUGGAAGCUUUCAGAUUUCUACAAAGCCCAUGUUUGACAUGAUAGCAGCUGUACUGGAGACGAAAUGGCCCUUUGAGAAAUUGCCCAAGUUUACAGCGCCUUAUAUCUACGUCGCGUCCACGAUGCUCAUUGCGAUUACUUUUCCCUUCUUCGGCGAUCUCCUUUGGCCCUUCGGAGGAGCCCUUACCAUAUACAUUCUUCCCUGCUUGAUGCGGCUCGCGAUUGACAAGUACAGCGGGUCCAGUUCGUCUCAGUGGAAAAACUGGAUGUGCAUUGCGAUUGGAGUACUCUUAAUGGUCUUAGUGCCUAUCGGAGCAUUGAGGCAGAUCAUAAACGAGGCCAAGACCUACCAAUUCUACUCUUAG